AUGGCGGAAGGCAUUAAAAAAUAUGGGAAAUCUUUCCUUCCAUACAAUUCUCUAAUACAAAGAUCAUAAAAUUAUAAAUAGGAUGCAUCAUUUGAUCCUGUCUAACCAUACCCAAUUGAACCCAAAGUUCCUGACUCACAAGGAGACGCAAUCUAAUUAAUCACAGGAGACAUUCCAACAAUCUAAAAAAUUAAUCAAACAUAAUCCAUAUAAAAUCAAAGAGUUGUCUCUUAAUUAUCUUUCGAUGGUGGAAUUGACUUAUUGAAGGAUAGACAAAAAUAUAUAGAACUACUAAUCACAAAUUCUCUUGAUAGCAAAUUGCUUUAAAGGCCAUUACUAUUAUUACCAACUUAACAAUAAUAUUUGAAUUAACUUAGUGCAUUAAUAAGUUAAUCACCAAAUGGCUCAUUUUGUCCAUUCUUGAACAUAAAUUAAAACCAAAACCAACAGUUGCACCAAAAUUUAGAUCAAUAACAAAAUGCAUAAGGUAUCUGUAAUAUUACUUGUUAAUCUAAUCAAAAUUGUAGACAAUCAACCAUUUUGAAGCCAAAAGCAAUUAAAAAAGAUUUGCAUUUCAAAAAAGAAGAAAUAAAAUUUCUGAAUUUAGAAGAAUCUUGUUAAAGUGAAGUUAUACGAUAGGAAGAAAGCAGCUGGAAUGAACUUCCUUAACCUUAAAAAAUGAAAAAACAUUAAAAUAAAAACUUAUCUAUUGAUAGUUCUGAAUCCUUUAAAAUAAUAAGAAAGAAAAAAGAAAAGAAAAUAAAUGAUACUAAAAACAUUACAAAGAAUUUUUCGAAAGCAAUUAUCUCAUAUAUCAUGAAUAACCCAGAUUUACUUAAAUCAUUUUUCUCAAAUAAGCAAUAUGAUGACUUUUUGAAUCUGUUAAAAAAUAAAAAAAAUCAAAUGACUAAUAUCAAAUAAUUAAGAGAUCUUUGGAUUGAUGGAGGCAAGUUUUCAGAAUUUAAUAAAGUCUUUCGUAUUAUAAGGUACUUAUUGUCUUUAAUAAUUUAAGUUAAUACUUUUUAAAAAAUCAGUCAGUAGCUUACGUUUAUAACUCUAGAAUUUCUAAUACAAUUUGGCAUCUCAAGUAUAGACAAAAUUUGUUAAGAGCAUUAAAAGAACCUGAAAACUUUAGAUUCAUUAAAGAUCUAUGA